AUGAAGUAUGCUUUUAUAUCUCGGAUUGGUCAAGGUGCUUAUGGCUUUGUUAUGAAAGCUCGAGAUGUUGAAGUAAGUCAUUUCUGAGAUUAUAUUGUUAUUGUUUAGACAGGAGAAAUCGUGGCCAUGAAACAGAUUGGAUUGAAGACUAAUCUCCAGAAUCAGAUGGACAUCUUGAGGGAAAUCAAUGCGCUGAGGCACAUGAAACACUUAAAUGUAAGAUCAUAUUGGUAUGAAGACGUUAAUUUCAGGUGAUAAAUUUGAGAGAAGUUCUGUACGCAGCUACGACAAUAUCCAUUGUACUGGACUUUAUUGAAUCCAACUUGAAACUGGUUAUUUAUGACGAAAAGCGACCAAUCAACUUGGAUUUGUUGAAACAUUUCUUCUUUCAAGUUCUGAAAGGUCUGGAGUACAUUCAUGGCCUCAGCAUCAUGCACAGAGUGAGGUUUUAGACUACAUUGUUCUGAUAUUUUUUGGUUGAGAAAAAUGCUAAAAAUGCCAAACUUGGCACUGUCAAAGAUUGGCACAUGCGGUUUUUUGUCCCAAAAUUUAAGAUUUUUCAAGUGCAUACUAAGGGCGUUAUGAUUUUUUUAAAAAUAGUCAUUUUCCCCCGAAUUACACAUGUUUUCAGUUGGAAAUGCUUUUUUUGGUAAAAAUUUUCUAAGUUUUUGACAAAUUUUUAGUUAAAAAUGACAUUUUUGACAAAGGUUUUGAUUUUCAAUCGUCGGCGGAGUGUCGGCGGAGACUCGGCGGACGCUUAAAAUUGUCGGCGCAGGGCAUAACUCGCUUGAAACAUGACGUAAAUACAUGAAACAAAAAGUAUUAGUUUUAGAAUUAUCAAGGCUAUCUUGACUGAUGCUAAGCUGGUCUAAAAAUAGCUUUAAAAUAAAAUAUGCAAAAAAAGUUAAAUUAAAGAAAAUAUAAGGUUCAAAAAUUUUUAUAAUGUCCUAGGAAAUUGUACGUAAGUUCAAAAAUUAUGAAAAAAAAAAAAGAUUUAUCACGUUUUUGAUUUUUUUGUUUAAACGAAAAUACGUUAAAAUUUUGAAGUUAUUUGUGCAAUUUACAUAAUAAACUUAAAUCAGUUUUACUUAUUCACUUAAGUACACGUUUAUAAAUUCCCGUCUUUUAACGUAUUGAACUUAAGCUCAGCAUCAGACAAGAUAGCCUUGAUAAUUCUAAAACUAAUACUUUUUGUUUCAUGUAUUUACGUCAUGUUUCAAGCGAGUUAUGCCCUGCGCCGACAAUUUUAAGCGUCCGCCGAGUCUCCGCCGACACUCCGCCGACGAUUGAAAAUCAAAACCUUUGUCAAAAAUGUCAUUUUUAACUAAAAAUUUGUCAAAAACUUAGAAAAUUUUUACCAAAAAAAGCAUCUCCAACUGAAAACAUGUGUAAUUCGGGGGAAAAUGACUAUUUUUAAAAAAAUCAUAACGCCCUUAGUAUGCACUUGAAAAAUCUUAAAUUUUGGGACAAAAAACCGCAUGUGCCAAUCUUUGACAGUGCCAAGUUUGGCAUUUUUAGCAUUUUUCUCAACCAAAAUAUAACGUUUUAGUUUUUUUCGUUUUUCUUGGGGCACCCUGUAUAUUACACUUUAUUCGAUGAAGUACUUUUUUUUGUUUUAAGGAUAUUAAGCCUGACAACAUACUAAUAUCUCGAUCUUGCCGAGCUGUGAUAGCCGAUUUCGGACUAGCUGGUCUGUAUUUACCUGAGGAUAGAGAACGAUCUUAUUCUCACCAAGUGGCUACACGGUGGUAUCGUGCUCCAGAACUAUUGUUUGGGUCGGUUGACUAUACUCCGGCCGUCGAUAUGUGGGCGUUUGGAUGUGUUUUGGUAGAAUAUUUGAAUGUCAGUCCUUUAUUUGAGGCAAGUUACAGUAUCUUUUUGAAUUCUCACAUGCAUUUUUAUAUUAAGUACAUCUUCUAAGUUAUAAAUGUUUGUUUUUAGGGGGCAAACGACAUAGAUCAGAUCGGGAAAGUAUUUAAAAUCCUCGGAACACCAACUAAACUAAACUGGCCGAACUGGGAAGCGACGCCGGAUUACGGUAAAAUGAACUUUGAUAAACAGGAAGCGAUCUCAGAUUGGAACACGAUAGGUAAAUGA